AGCGGGGCCUCACGUCACGUCACGUCCGCGCUCCCGCCUAAAACCGCGCCUGCGCACUGCGCCUCCUCCUCUCUGUGGUCGGCCCAGCUCAAGGCGACAUGGCCAAGCGCACCAAGAAGGUCGGCAUCGUCGGUAAGUACGGGACCCGCUAUGGGGCCUCCCUCCGGAAAAUGGUGAAGAAAAUUGAGAUCAGCCAGCACGCCAAGUACACUUGCUCCUUCUGUGGCAAAACCAAGAUGAAACGACGGGCUGUAGGCAUCUGGCAUUGCGGUUCCUGCAUGAAAACGGUGGCCGGCGGGGCCUGGACCUACAACACAACUUCUGCUGUCACAGUCAAGUCUGCCAUCAGAAGACUGAAGGAACUGAAGGACCAGUAGAACCCUGUCAUUUGAGACAUCCCUGGCCUGCAAUAAAUGGGUUAAUUUAUGUAACAAA